AUGCUUCGAUUUAUCAUCAUUUAUAUCAAUUUCACGCUUACAGUGAUUUAUGGAAAGCAAUAUCCGCUUUGUUUGGAUGAUUGUUUGUGUGAUCGUGAGGAUGCAGUGAUCAGAUGCGAUCACGGUACACGAACAAAAGUCACGAUUCCCGAAUACCCGAUUUAUGGAUAUAAAUUCAUUGCGAUCACAUGCAACGACGUUCGUCAGCUUCCCGAUGAGGCUAUUCUCAAGGCUGCUUUUCCCGAUUUACAAGGUGUCGAUGUGCAAGGAAAUCGUGAUUUCGAUUGUGAUUCGUUGUCUUACAAAGAGAUUCCUGUGUUGAGCGACUGUGGCAGUGAAACGGUGACAGACUGCAAAGUGAAUGAGGAAUGCGAUUGGAAAUGCUCGACGUUAAGCAAGUUGAAAGAGUUGUGGGCGCAUUUCACGGAGUUGCUUUCACGAAAAUAUCACGAAUAUGGCGGUGAGCAGCUGGGUGAGACGAUCAAACAGAAGUACUAUGAAAUUGGUGGAGAUCAGAUGGUUGAGAAAGUUGGUGGCUGGUUUUCGGAUGCUUUCGCGAAACUUAAAAAUUUGACAAACGAUGAG